GGAGGUGGGUUAUCACGCUGGAGCCUCGAGCACAGGCAGUGUCCUGGGGCAGGGCGCUCCAGCGGUGAUGGCCUGUCCUCUCCCAGUCUCUUCCCACGCCCUCACUCUGCUGAGGGAGCUGAACUCUCAGAGGCAGUCAGGCCAGUUCUGUGACUGUGUGAUCAGGUUGCAGCUUCACCCUGAAAAACUCUACAUAGCCCACAGAAGUGUCCUGGCUGCCUCAAGCCCUCUCCUGGCUUCCCUUCUCCCCAGUCAGGGCUCUCUGCUCGAUCUGGGGUGCCCUACUCUUACCCCUGAAGCCAUGGGGCUGCUCCUGGAGUUCAUCUACACUGGGACGUUGCCACCACUCGACCUGAAGGACUCUGUGCUGUCGGCUGCUGUCUAUCUGGAGAUGGAGCAGCUCCUGCAGGCUCUCGGCCACAGAGGGGCUGCGCUGUUGGGGUCACCAGGGCGAGGAGAAUCAGCCCCAGUGAAGGAGCAAGCAUCAGCAGAGUCUGAAGCACUCAGAACACACCGGAAGAGGCGACUGGCAGAGUACCAGCCAGUGCCAAGAGAUCUCCCGUCGCCCCUGCUCAACGGCAAACCCGAACAGACCACACCACUGGUGCCCAGCUGCGAGGUCGUUCCAGUCAUUCGGCGUGCAAGCACAAGAGGAAAACCUGAGAAGACAUCCUCGUUCCCAGGAACGCAGACUCCCCUCCCGAGCCAGAUUCCUGGUUCAGACAUGCUGGACUUGGGGUUUCACUGCGGUGAAAGCAAGGAGGCAGGUAGCGGCGACCAAGGAAUAACAGUGUCUCGCUCUGGAAACCAGCCCAAGAGUCACGGAUUACAGUACGGGACAGGUUCAUACGGGAUUUUAAAGCAAGCCAACUGGCCUUCAGCACUGAGUGGCACUGCCGGCGCUGAGCCCCCCUGCCCUCUCAGUAACCCAACUGCAGCUGAAUCCGAGAGCAGCAAGACGAGCUCUGAGAACAGCGUCAUAAUCAGCAGAGCCGCGGCGUUGGCAGAAAGCACAGGUCCCCACCGCGCCGCCGUCACCGAGUGUGACGAUCCCUGGGAUUUCGACGAGGCGAAAGGUCAUUUUUGGGGGGAGGCUGCCGAAAGAUGUGCUGUAGGGCUCGCAGCACAGAGUGAAAGGGCUGUCGUCCAUGAAAGCACACCCAUGCGUCCGCAGGCCUGUGAAGGCGUAUCCGACAGCAGAACUCGCAGUGGUCUCGGAACUGAAAAGUGGCCCCUCGUACCAGAGGGAGCGCUUGGCAGCAACACUAGAACGGCCACAAUACAGCCGUUCUCCGCUUUGGGUAGUAGGAGUCCGGCAGUGGUUGUGGACGACGGUGACAAUGUAGCAGCUGAAGUUCACAAUCCAGGGCGUUCUGAGAACGAGACCUGUAGCUUCUUGACUGCGUGUGGUGCUGAAAAUGAUCCCGUACAUCAAGGUGAAUAUUCACACACUUCAACUGCAAGUAUGGGUGUUCAGACAGGGCGCAAUGAACUCAGCCAGGGAAACGGAAAUUCAAGCAAUUCUGAUGUCGACACGCGGACGUUUGUGAUGGCCGGGGGUGGCAAAGGCUGUGGUGCUAUGGAAAAAAGGGAGGAUUGUAGGGGUGAGAACUGUGUUUUUUUUACCAAUACGACGGGUGAAGACACGGGCGAAUUUCCCACAGACAUUGAUGACGCUGCAGCUAGAGCCCAAAGAGGUAUCAGAAACAUCAACAGAAACACCAGAGACUCUGAGGAGAAGUGGGAGGGUUUGAACCGAAGAGAGAAUGGAGAGAAUGCACUCCAAAUCUACCAGGCUCAAGUCACAUAUAGCUGUAUUGUAAAGGAAAACCCAGAGGCCGCUGAAAUGAGAGAUUCCGAUAAUGUCUUUGCUAACACAGCCUUUGAAAGGGACCCUGCCGGGCUUUGUCAACCAAAGCACAGUGUUGCUGUUCUGGAGAGCGCACUGGCCAAGGACACCAUGGUGAAUUACAGCUGCUGUGCUCUGCCCACCGUCGCUCAGCCUUACCAGUGCUCUGUGUGCGAGAGGAUUUUCAGUCAGCGGGGGUCUCUGAACAGACACAUGCGGUCUCACCUGGGGGUCAGGCCCUACCCUUGCCCGCAGUGUCCCAUGACUUUCUCACGGCAGUACCGGGUCAUGGAGCACUUGCGCGUUCACCAGAGGGGCCAGGAGGGCCCAGAGAGCGCAGGCUCUAGCUAAUUCAGCUCCCCGUGCUGAUCUGCAAUGAGCAAACCUGCUGUGUUGGUUAUGGACCAUGAUAAAAUUGGGUCAGUUACUGUAAUACUGCAGCAAGUAAAAAUGAACAGCUGGAGUUCAGACUACAGAAGCCAACGUUCUGAUUUAAUUAUCCAAUAAUUCUAGAAAUAAUAACAAUAAAUAGUAUCUUGGUACCAGUCCUGUGUUCAAAGCUGAAUAAAAUGAAUUGAAUAAUGGCUACAAACCUAGAAGUGAACUUUUCUACGUGAAUCAGGUCAGAUGCAUAAGUAAUGUUUGAGGGUAAGGGUGGAAAAUCUGAAAUUUUGCAGGCAAAAUGACAAACGUGAUAUGAUUAAUUCAUAAAGUCAGUCCCAUGGCUGAAAGGGAGUUCAGAUGGUAAUGAGGUGAAUGUCAUUUUGAGCUGUAGAGAUAAUAACUGAAAAGUAAUCUGCAGGAACAAGAAAUGUCCCAGUAAUAUUGCUCUAUAGAUGUGAAUUUACUCAAGGGUUUGUUCAAACUGUGAGAAAGAAUGAAAGGUGAGGCUUCCCUGAAGUUUGUUUCUUCUUCAGGGAUCUGUUAAAGGCUCGGAGUGCCUACUUGAGAAUGUUUAUUCAAUACUAGAAUAAGAGGAAAAGAGGAAAGCAAAGACAGGACUCUUGGUUAUCAAUAAGAUCAGGUUCAAUCUGCCAAUUUAGUUGGUGUGUCUUGUUUUGUUACUUCGAUGGUAUAAUUUAUUUAAUGCAAUAUCCAUUUACAAAAUGAUAUUUGUAUUGUUUUCUAUACUGUAUAUAUAUAU